AUGCACCGGAAGCUACUUCUUUUGUGUGCUAUAUCAUUGAUAUACUUUACGAGAAACAUCUCUCCCAUUUUAGCAUCCAUCGCCUUCUCAAUCAUAGGGUAUUUGGCAACAGAUUACUUGAUUCCAAAAGUUUCCAAUUCAUACGUUAAAAUCGGAUUACAUGGCAAAGACAUGAGUAAACCCGGUAGACCAUUACUACCUGAAUGUAUUGGAUCCGUCUCUGCGGUCGUUUAUGUGUUCAUCAUGCUUUUUUAUAUUCCAUUCAUCUUUUACACGUAUCUCUCGUCCAACAAUGGUAAUAAUCACGGCGAAACGGCCAUUUUGGAAACAAAUCCCCAAGUGGCCAUCUUUCCACAUAAUAAAUUGGCUGAAUAUUUGAGUAGUUUAUUAUGCCUACAGACAACAAUUCUUCUGGGUGUAGCCGACGAUUUAUUUGAUUUGCGUUGGAGACACAAGUUUUUUCUUCCAGCAGUAGCAGCAAUCCCAUUGUUAAUGGUUUAUUAUGUCGAUUUCAACGUCACAUAUGUUUUGAUCCCCAAAUUUGUCAUGAAUUGGUUAAAUCUUCGUGAUUCGUCUGUCAUCAAUCUCGGAUUUUUUUACUAUGUAUAUAUGGCAUCAAUGGCAAUCUUUUGUCCAAAUUCCAUCAAUAUUCUAGCCGGAGUUAAUGGUCUAGAAGUGGGCCAGAGUAUCGUCUUGGCUCUCUUAGCUUUGAUAAAUGACGUUCUUUAUUUAGGAAUGGGAAUUGAAGCCACCAAAUCGAGACAUAGAUUCUCUGCUGCUUUAAUCAUUCCUUUCCUUGGUGUCUCGUUGGCUUUGUAUAAAUGGAAUCGUUGGCCUGCUAAAGUAUUUGUCGGUGAUACGUACUGCUAUUUUGCUGGAAUGGUAUUUGCUGUCGUUGGAAUAUUGGGCCAUUUCUCAAAGACAAUGUUACUGCUAUUCAUACCUCAAAUAUUAAAUUUCAUUUAUAGUGUACCACAAUUAUUUCAUCUGGUCCCAUGCCCAAGGCACAGAUUACCAAAAUUCAACGAAAAUGAUGGUCUCAUGUACCCAUCAAUGGCAGAUCUAAAGACUACAAAACCAAAGCCAAUUGUGCUUCGUGUGCUGAAAUUAUUACAUACUUUCAAAUUGAUUCAUUUAGAAUAUGAGGAGAAAACAAAGGAGAUAAUUGCUUGUUCGAAUAUGACAUUACUAAAUCUUAUAUUAGUUUGGUCAGGGCCUCUAAGGGAAGAUAAAUUGUGUGAAAGAAUACUAUUGAUUCAAUUUUCCAUUGGCAUACUAUCCAUACUUUUGAGACAUUCUCUAGGUAGUAUAAUGUUUGGUCACGAUAACUUAUGGGAUAUUCAUUAA